AUGGUGAUAUAUGUUGAUGAUCAUGGAGAGAUUCUCGAAAGGUUUCUUUCAGUUGUGCAUGUAACAGAUACUUCAUCACAUACUUUAAAGGAAGCUAUUGACAACUUUUUUGCAAUGUAUGGACUCUCAAUAUCUAGACUGCAAGGGCAAGCAUAUGAUAGGGCUUCAAACAUGCAUGGAGAAUUCAAUGGUUUAAAGUCGCUCAUACUAAAUGAGAAUCUUUAUGCUAGGUAUGUUCAUUGUUUUGCUCACCAGCUGCAAUUGGCGGUUGUUGCUGUUGCAAAAAUAUUACUUAUGGAGAAUUCAUUUAGUUAUUUAUCAACAAUUGUGAACAUUAUUGGAACUUCCUAUAAAAGAAAAUAUGCACUCAUAAAAAGUCAUCAUGAUCUUAUGGUCACACGAUUAGAAAAGGGUGAAUUUUAUUCAGAAAAAGGGUUACAUCAAGAGACAAGUCUUGCAAGACCUAGAGACAUAAGGUGGGGUUCUCAUUAUCAAACAGUAAUUCGUAUAUUGUUGAUGUGGCCUUCAGUAAUGGAAGUGCUUGGGAAUGUUCAUGAUGAUGCGACUAGUUCAAAGGAAAAAAGGUCAAGUUCCAAUCAUUUAGGAAGGAUGGAUGGAAUGAUCUUUUUUGAUGAGACUCGCAAGUUUUUUGUUGAAAAUUCUAUCGAUGUGCCUAAUUUAGAAGAUAGUUUACCGAUUCGUGAGUUUUAUACAAAGAAAAAUUUUACAUUUGAUUUGAUGAUGUUGAGUGAUCAAUUGGAGAUAUACAUACAUGAUGUGAGGCAAAGUGCUGACUUUGUUGAACUUGUGAGAAUCGGGCAACUUACAAAGAAGCUAAUCGAAACAGUGAAGUACAUUGUUUAUCAUCUUAUUUAUCGAUUGAAUGAACAAGCAUUGAUUUUUCCAGUUUCAACAGCUUCAGUUGAAAGGACAUUUUCAGCAAUGAACAUUAUCAAGACUGAUUUGCGUAAUAAAAUAGAAGAUGAAUUUCUAAAAGACAGCUUAUCAUGUUUUAUUCAGAAACAAAUUUUUGUUAAGAUUAAUGACGAGCUCAUUCUACAACACUUUCAAGUUAUGCAGACGUAA